AUGGGCCCCUGUACCGCCUCCUCAUGCUGCUGCCAGGCCCGUAAUCUGCCAUGGGCCCUCGUACCGACUCCUCAUGCUGCUGCCAGGCCCGUAAUCUGUCAUGGGCCCCUGUACCGCCUCCUCAUGCUGCUGCCAGGUCCAGAGUGUGUCAUGGGUCCCUGUACGGCCUCCCAUUGCUGCUGUCUCCAUCGCCACACUCUGCCAUGUGCCACUUUCAGGUCUCCUCACACUGCUGGUGGGUUCCAUUUUGUCAUAGGGUGCUGUAUGGCCUCCCAUUGCUGCUGCCUCCACCGCCACACUGUGGCUCCACACUCUGGUUUUGGCCCCGUGACUGCCCAAAUGAGUGAAGUGUGCGGUGAUUCUAAGAUCGACGGCACUCAUCUGCAUGUCAUACUGACUGACAGUAUUAGUUCUCUUCCCCAGCAGACUCCAAGGGCAUUUAAAUUAAAGGUACAGUGUUCUCUACUAAUAUAA